AUGAAGUGCCCGUGUCUGCAUCAUGCAUUAGACUACAUGCUGCACGACAGACGCCAUUAUGCUCAUCACCGCAGAGAAGCCAAGCACGUCUCGUCGACACAACUCCCCACCGCCCGUGAUAGGCUCAGCACUGUUGCAGACCGGCACCAUGGACACUCAAGGACUCCACGAGGCGAGCUCAAGACUCAGCCCAGACAUGGCCGGCUCCCCAUAUCGAGGCUGGAGAUGAGCGAGGCAUGGAUGCGAAUACGAGCAGUCACUCCAAUUCCAGCCAUACCGCCACAGCCUGCGAGUUGUACGGAUUCGACUUAUUCUACAGAUUCCAUCGAUUCUACAUAUCCUACAGAUUCCACAGGCUCUACACGUUGUACAAGCAGCCACCAAGACCAUGAUAGCCGAGGAGAGAAAAAAGUGCGAUGGGGCGUGGUACACACGCGCGAAUUCGACCCUCCGCCAGAAGACAAUGACGAGCAACCAAGCAACAAGGCCGAUGCGAAACCACGAUAA